AUGUCGGCCGGCAGUGGGCCGAUGGCUGGCUUGGUUCUUGGCUGGGAGUCCGGGACGCAAAGAGGGUGGGGGCGGGCCCGGGCGUCCCUGGCCUUACUCACGGCAGCUCGGAGUAACAUCAGAUGUCGGAUUCUGAUGGAGAUUGCAGCUCCGAUCCAACGCAAGCAAACGAAACGCAACCAACUACUGCUGCUGUUACUUGCGGCGGGGGCCGUCCACUUGUUAACGCGGUACUUCUGCACCCGCACAUGCUGCGAAGCCAACGGGGUUCCUGCAGUCGUACUACUCUAUCUCCUCACCCCUCGCUAA